AUGAAACUUCCACACGUCAUCUCUUCCUCCAGGUGGCGCCCGCCGCCGCCGACGAGCGGCCACGCGUCCGCGGACGUCCCUCUGUUCCUGUCGCUCUACCGCGACGAGGCUGUGAUGUACCGCGACAUGUCCGGCGAGUCGCUGCAUCGCCGCGGAUACCGAGACGCGGCGAUCCACCGCGCGGCGUUGAACGAGUCCGCCGCCGCGGGCGUGCUGUCGCUCGCGGGCUACGCCAAGUGCUGCGACAACGCGCGAGGGCCGAACGCGGUGCCGCUCCCCGCGCUCGUCGACCCGAUGUGCGGCAGCGGGACGAUCUUAAUCGAAGCCGCGCUCAUGGCCGGGCGCGUCGCGCCCGGGCUGAUUCGCGCGGACGCCGCCGCGCGCCGACGGUCGAGCGGGACGCGCGGAGACCAAUCCGCCGCCGCCUACGCGUUUGAACGAUGGCGCGUCCUUCGCACACUGGUCCCCAUACGACCCCGGUCCCACGGUUUCAAUCCCGACGCACACACCUCGACGCCUUUCAACUCCGCUUCUGACGCCUUUCAACUCCACCCCGACGCGCCUUUGAACUCCGCCCCGAACAGGCCCGAUCACGACGACGCGCUGCUUCGAAGCGUCCUCGAGCAAGCCUCGGAGAUCGGCGAACGAUCGCGCGCGGACGGACGACGCCCCGUGCUCCUCGGAUGCGACGUGCACGCGGGCGCGCUGAGCCUCGCGAGACGCGCGGCGACCGCCGCGGGCGUGGAGAACCUCAUCGAGUUUUCUCAGGCGCGUUCUAUCUCACACUGGUCCCCAUACGACCGCGUCGGCGUGGUGAACGCCGAUCCUUAA